GUAAUUAAAUUAUAAUUUUAAAAGAUAUUUUUAACAUUUUAUAUUUUGGAAUAUUUAAUUUACAUUUGCAUUCAAAUUAAGUGUGUGACAGCUAACAUGGAAAAUUUUGAUAGAAAAGUUUGGAAAGAAAAUUGCAUUUAAAUGUGAAAAAUUAUAGAAAUAUUGAACUUUAAAACAAAAAGUCUAUAAGAAUUGAAUCAUUGAUUUGUUUGAAGGCUUUGAUAAUAUGCUGACAUUCUAUUCAUUAAAUGAAAACAAUGUAUUCAAUUUUUUUUUUCUUAACAAUAAUUAUAUAAUAUUACAGGCAGCUUGGUUUGGAUCUGGUGCCAAGAGUUAAUAGUGAAGUGGUUGAUCCAGAUGUUUUAAGUCCUGUAGAAUUAUAUCAUGUUCAUUUACAAAGUUCAGAGAUUGUCGCAAGUCAUUCGGCAAGGGGAACUUUUCGAAAAAAAGAAAUCCGUCAUUCUUUAACCCAUCAUUUAUAUUUAUGUAUGAGAGAUUUCAGCUAUAACCUUGGGGAAGAUGUUGAAAUAUAUUUUUCUCUCUAUGAUGCUCAGCAGGCUGAGUACAUUAGUGAGAGAUUUCUAGUCAGUAUUGCCAAAUAUGGUAUGUCUCAUUUUGUAGAAAAAGUUCAUAAUCAUAGCACAAUUUUUAUGGAUUUAGGAAAUGCAGAUUUAAAUAGAGAUUUGUACAUAAUUGUUCAUAUUAUUAGAGUAGGAAGGAUGUUAAAUGAUUCAAAAAAGUCCACUUUACAUAGUUAUCGUCGUCCUAAUGGUUGUUCAGUUUUAAGUAUUAAAGAAAUCUUACAAGAUCAUAAUGAAAACACAAUGAUAGAAGAAGAAAAGGAAUUUACUGUUAAAGUAUAUAUGUGUAAUGAAAGUGACUUUCAUCAACUUCAUGAAUUUAUUAUAAAACGUCAGAAUAAUAAGUAUAAUUUAUUAUCUGGUCAGCCAAACUAUGGGUUGGUGUUAUCUAUUCGACUCUUACAUGGUGAACUAUCACAGAUUCGCCAAGAAACUCCUUUACUUUUUAAAAAUCUUGCUAUUACUCAUAAAAAAGGAUUCUCUGAUGUUAUCAUGCCAGGUAAUAUAAAUUGCUUUAUUAGAUUUAUUUUAAUGAGAUAAUUUAAGAUAAAAGUUAGACCUGUAUUAGAUAAUAUCAUAUAACUUGCCAAUAAAUUAUUUUAUAUAUUCCAGCCACAUUCUACUAUAUAAUAGCUUAAC